GCGCGGGAACGGCAGGGGGGGAACACCGACCUGGUCAUUAGGACGCCGCUGGCAGCUGGGAGGCCGAAUGAGGGAGCGCGAUCCACCGUGGCUGGAAAGGAAAGACAUGUCAAGCUAUGACGAACACAAACAAGCUGGGCGCGCGAUUCAAAACCUGCGCCCCUGCUCGGGCGCAUCGCGACAGGGCGCCCGCCAAAUGGAAACGCACCACGGCGGCGCCAGCGAUUGUAGCGCCGACGCGCGACCGCCAGCGAGGAGGCGACAGGUGCAGCAGCGCCUCCGCUACCGCGGGGCGCACGGGCCAAAAUGGCCACGGACUGGGAAGAAGGAGGAGGCGGCGGGAGGGAGGGGCAGCAGAGGCAAGGGCCGUCGCGCUGUCCGCAACCGUCGCCGAGGAGGAUGGUGAGGAGGAGGAGGAGAAGGAGGAGGAGGAGGAGGAGGAGGAGGAGGCGGCUCCCCGCCGCCGCAGUGUUUCCCUGCUCCACAGACGAGCGGAACUCUCGUCGCCAUGACCUCGAGCCUCGAGCAGCGCACGCUCACAGGGCCAGUGCGACAGGCGGCGCGCACCGAAGGGCCAGCGAACGAAUGGUUCGCAUGUGGCCCCCUACAUUCGCCCCCGGUGCGACGCACAAGGCAAAACAGCCCGAUGGCAUCCGCGAAGAAAGCGUGGCAACGGCGCGUGGGUCUGACCACCACGCUCGGGCCGCCCGACCACGCCGGGCACCCUCUGGGGGGUUGCUUGAGCACGCGCCGAUGGUGCACACCGCACCCAGCCCCUUGGCGGCCGGCUACGCCGCGCCGCCGCGGGGCUUAGUUCGACGCCGCCGAUGCGACUCGACUCGGCUUCGACCGCGAGCGUGUUCUUAUUCGGCGUUUCGACAUAGG